AUGAUAUCCGAUAAAGAAAAGAAAGUACGUGUAGGUAUUGGACCCAGUCAACAUACUGUAAAUUUAACAGUAUUUCAAUGGGAUAUUUAUAGAAUGAUUUUCUUGUUGCUAAGAUCUUCAUUACUAAAAGAAUGUGUCUUCAAAAUUCUUUGUACUUUACUUCAAAAAG